GCCUUGAAACUGGAGGGCGACAAUGCACCAGCACAGCUGCAGGAGUUGUACCAAGGCCUGGCGAAUUUGCCGCUCAUGCUCAGAUCCAGCGAGGAGUGGGCUCACCUGCAGCUCCUAGACGAUGGCGCACGGAUCUUCUACAACGACAUUCACGAGUACUUCUUGUACAUGCUCUGCGUGCCGUAUGUUCCCGAGGACGUCCUCAAUGAGGUGUCCAAGAUCGUCGACAAUCGGAAACGGGUUUUCAGGUGGAUGACAAUGGAGGAGCUUGCACAAGAAGUAAUGGCACCAAGACUUCACACAGCGAGCUUGGCAGAGGCACUCGAGAAUCUCCAAGAGGAUCCUUUGGUCUUUCCAAGCCGGGCCUACGGCAGUGCAGCCAGCAAUGUGGCGACGGGAAGCUUCGCGGCGGCUGUUGUGCGAUGA